AUGAUCUCCACGGUUCUGAGACGGACUGUCCGUCCCAACGCCCUCCUUCGCAGCAACCUCUCUUCCCAGAUCUUGAGAUGUUACGCCUCGUACCCCCCGCACACCGUCAUCAAGAUGCCCGCCCUGUCGCCCACCAUGACGGCGGGAAACAUCGGAGCCUGGCAGAAGAAGGCCGGUGACAGCAUCGCCCCCGGUGAUGUCCUCGUCGAGAUUGAGACCGAUAAGGCCCAGAUGGACUUUGAGUUCCAGGAGGAGGGUGUCAUCGCCAAGCUGCUCAAGGAGUCCGGUGAGAAGGACAUCCCCGUCGGUAACCCCAUCGCCGUUCUCGUCGAGGAGGGCACCGAUGUUAGCGCCUUCGAGGGCUUCUCCGCCGCCGACGCCGGUGGGGAGGCCGCCAAGCCCGCUCCCAAGGAGCAGCCCAAGGAGGAGUCCAAGCCCGCCGCCGCCCCUACCCCCGAACCCGAGAACUCCUCCGAGGAUUUCAACAAGCCUGCCGGCAAGCUCGAGAACGCCCUGGACCGUGAGCCCAACGCUUCCUUCGGUGCCGUGCGCCUCGCCAAGGAGAAGGGUGUCAACAUCCGCGACAUCAAGGGAUCCGGCAAGGGUGGCAAGAUCACCGAGGACGACGUCAAGAAGGCCGUCUCCUCCCCUGCCACCGCCGCUGCUGCCUCCGGCGCCAGCUACGAGGACAUCCCCAUCAGCGGCAUGCGCAAGACCAUUGCCUCGCGCCUCCAGGAGUCCACCCAGAACAACCCCCACUUCUACGUCUCGUCGAGCAUCUCGGUCAGCAAGCUCCUCAAGCUUCGCCAGGCUCUCAACGCCUCCUCGGACGGCAAGUACAAGCUGUCCGUCAACGACUUUCUCAUCAAGGCUAUCGGUGUCGCCUCCAAGAAGGUGCCCCAGGCUAACUCGAGCUGGCGCGGCGAUGUCAUCCGCCAGCACAACACCGUCGACGUCUCGGUCGCCGUCUCCACCCCCACGGGCCUCAUCACCCCCAUCGUCACGGGCGUUGAGGCUCGCGGCCUUGAGGGCAUUUCCACCGAGGUCAAGAAGCUCGCCAAGCUCGCCCGCGACGGCAAGCUGAAGCCCGAGCAGUACCAGGGCGGCUCCAUCUCCAUCUCCAACAUGGGCAUGAACGACGCCGUUGACAACUUCACCGCCGUCAUCAACCCUCCCCAGUCCACCAUCCUCGCCAUCGGCACCACCAAAAAGGUGGCCGUGCCCGCCCUGUCCGAGGACGGUACCACCGGCGUCGAAUGGGAUGACCAGAUCACCAUCACCGGUAGCUUCGACCACAAGGUCGUUGACGGUGCCAUUGGUGCCGAGUUCCUCAAGGAGCUGAAGAAGGUCCUCGAGAACCCCCUCGAGCUCCUUCUGUAA